UCUCAGGGUUGGCGUUUAUACGAGCAAACGCAGAGAAGCUCCUAGGAGGAUACCGACGUCAGUUUCCUCGUUGGUUUGCCAUUGUUUUCCCCGGAAUGAUUGAACUUGCUCGUAAAACUGGCCUAGACCUUGACUUCCCCGACCAUUCGCAACAGUUGGUGAUGGAUGUAUUCAUUGAACGACAUCGAAUCCUCCAAAAUAAAACGGACGGUGGUCCAUAUCCUCCAUUAUUAUCAUACCUCGAAGCGAUGCCUUCAUUUUAUGCCAUCAAUGAAGAAGAGAUAAGCGUAAACUUAAAAACUGACGGUUCGUUAUUCCAAUCCCCUUCUGCGACAGCACGUGCAUUCAUGGCUACUGGCAAUAAAGACUGCUUAGCUUACUUACAAUUCCUAGUUGAAACAUGUUCCAAUAAUGGAGUUCCACCGACAUAUCCAACGGAUGAAGAGCUAGUAAACCUUGGUUUGGCUAAUCAACUGCAAAGGUUGGGGUUGGCUGAACAUUUUAUCUGGCAGAUUGAAGAGAUAUUGACCCAAGUUUAUAAGAAUUAUGAAAAGGAAUAUUCACCGUCAGAAAAAAGCUUUAGUGUUACUUCAGUUGCAACCCAGCUAUAGAAAGAUUCUUUGGCAUUUCGACUCCUUCGCAUGCAUGGUUAUAACGUAUCCCCAUGUAAGGAUUAGAUUUUAAACAAUUUUUAUGCGAUAUAUUGGCAUGCACUUGUGGUUUUUCAAACUCUAAAUCAAUGUAUUUUUUUUCAUAUGCAUGGAGCUUGUG